AUGGCGACUGCACCAGCACCGGUUUGCCGGAUUCAUCCCCCGUUCCGCUCUGGGCUAAGGUUCCAGCAGCACAAAUUUAUGGCAGAAGCAGUGCUCCUUGCUGUCACUAAGAUUGGUUCUGCUCUAGGGGAUGGACCCACCAAUGCCCUUAUAAAUAAGCUGUCUGAAAAAGUUCAAGCUCUGAAGGAACUUCCAUGGAAAGUGGAUCAAAUAAGGAUGAAACUGAUAUUCAUGGGCAAAAUUAUACAGCAGAUUGGCACAGUCUACCUUACAGAUGAGCUUGUCAAGAGUUGGAUUGGGGAGGAAGAAGGGUUCCUGAAGAAGUAUUUCAUCAAGGGUACACACUAUGCCAUUGUUUUCAGUGACAUUGCUGAUGAGGUAGCUGCGAUAGAAGGGGAGAUCCAGCAAGUUAUUCAGAUGAAGGAGCAAUGGUUGCAGCCAUCCCAGCUUGUCCCUCACCCCGACCAACUCGCUGAGAUUGAAAGACAGCGAUCCCAAGAUAGCUUCCCAGAAUUUGUCAAAGAUGAAGAUCUAGUAGGAAUUGAAGAAAAUAGAAAAUUGCUGACUGGAUGGGUUUACUCAGAAGAGCAGGGAAGCACUGUGAUAACUGUUUCUGGUAUGGGUGGGCUGGGAAAACCUACACUCCGGGGAUGGACCGCCAAUGCCCUUAUAAAUAAGCUGUCUGAAAAAGUUCAAGCUCUGAAGGAACUUCCAUGGAAAGUGGGUCAAAUAAAGAUGAAACUGAUAUUCAUGGGCAAAAUUAUACAGCAGAUUGGCACAGUCUACCUUACAGAUGAGCUUGUCAAGAGUUGGAUUGGGGAGGUCCGGAAGGUGGCCUACCGUGUUGAGGAUGUAGUAGACAAGUACUCAUACCAUCUUCUUCAACUAGAGGAAGAAGGGUUCCUGAAGAAGUAUUUCGUCAAGGGUACACACUAUGCCAUUGUUUUCAGUGACAUUGCUGAUGAGCCAUCCCAGCUUGUCCCUCACCCCGACCAACUCGCUGAGUUUGAAAGACAGCGUUCCCAAGAUAGCUUCCCAGAAUUUGUCAAAGAUGAAGAUCUAGUAGGAAUUGAAGAAAAUAGAAAAUUGCUGACUGGAUGGGUUUACUCAGAAGAGCUGGGAAGCACUGUGAUAACUGUUUCUGGUAUGGGUGGGCUGGGAAAAUCUACACUGGUUACAAAUAUUUAUGAACGUGAAAAAGUCAACUUCCCGGCGCUCCAAGGAAGCCGCAUCAUCAUUACAACACGAAAGGACCAUGUCGGUGCUAUUGCUUCCUUUGACCACCAUCUUGAGCUCCAACCGUUGUGUGGGCCUGAUGCAUUUGAACUUUUCUGUAGAAGGGCUUUUCACAACAGGAAGGACCACAAAUGCCCCGAGGAGCUUCAGGAAAUUGCUGGUGAAAUAGUGAAAAGAAGGUUUUGUUCUGAGCAAAGAGAAGAAUACACCAGGGAAGUGGCUGAGGGAAAUCUCAUGGAACUGAUCCACCGUAAUAUGCUUGAAGUUGUAGACUAUGAUGAGCUUGGCAGGGUUAGCACUUGCAAGAUGCAUGAUAUCAUGCGGGACCUGGCACUUUGUGUUGCCAAAGAAGAGAAGUUUGGUUCCAUAAGCGAAUAUGGUGAACUGGUACAGGUGGACAAGAAUGUCCGUCGCUUGUCAUUAUGUGGGUGGAAUGUCAAUGCGGCACCUAAGGUUCAAUUUCCAUGUCUUCGAACUCUUGUUGCCCAGGGAAUAAUUUCAUUCUCCCCUGACAUGUUGUCCUCAAUUAUGUCUCAAUCAAGCUAUUUGACAGUUCUUGAGCUGCAAGAUUCUGAGAUCACUGAGGUGCCAGCAUUUAUAGGAAACCUCUUUAACCUUGAUGAGAAGCAGUCAGAGUUCAGAUAUUUCAUUGGAGUGCAAGCACCUAAAGGUCUGCUGAACCUUGAAGAACUACAGACUCUUGAGACAGUGCAGGCGAGCAAAGACUUGGCUGAACAGCUGAAGAAACUGAUGCAACUCAGAAGCAUAUGGAUCGACAAUGUUAGUGCUGAAGAUUGCGCUAAUCUUUUUGCGACCAUUUCGACAAUGCCACUUCUUUCCAGCCUCCUAAUCUCUGCAAGUGAUGUGAAUGAGACACUUUGCCUCCAAGCCCUUGCACCGAAAUUUCCCAAGCUCCACAGACUAAUUGUAAGGGGGCGCUGGGCUGAUGAGACUCUGGAAUAUCCAAUAUUUCGCAACCAUGGGAAACAUCUAAAAUAUUUAGCGCUUAGCUGGUGUCAGCUUGGUGAAGAUCCAUUGGGGGUCCUUGCUCCACACGUGCCAAACCUCACUUAUUUGAGCUUUAACAGGGUGAAUAGUGCAAGCACUUUGGUUCUUUCUGCAGGGUGCUUUCCUCACCUGAAAACACUCGUCCUGAAGAAAAUGCCUGACGUCGAGCGGCUGGAGAUUGGACAUGGUGCUCUUCCAUGCAUCGAAGGUCUGUACAUCAUGUCCCUAAGCGCAGCUGGAUAA